AAUGUUUGAUUUUGCACUAUUUAAGAAGCACUAUGUUAUUCAGAGAUGUAGCAACCAACCAUAUUAUUACACAACCCAAUAGUACAUGUCAUGCAUAUGAUCAACCUGAUCAUUCACAUAACACCAAAUUGCAUUUAAGUACCUUCAUUUCAUUUUUACAAACUCUCCUUCACGAUUUCUUGCAUUUCAAACCAUUCUCUCUCAUUUCACCUUUUCACUUGCUUUCUUUGGAAUUCAGCUUGGAAUCAUGACUGCAGCAGCAGCACAUAUUGCUCGAACAGUAGUUGGUAUUAUAGGAAAUAUCAUAUCGGGCUUCUUGUUCUUGUGCCCAGUGCCAACAUUUAUUGAGAUAUGGAAGAAAGGAUCAGUGGAGCAAUUUUCAGCAGCACCAUACCUAGCGACACUUGUUAAUUGCAUGGUGUGGACACUGUACGGUUUACCGAUGGUGCACCCUGACAGCGUGUUAAUGAUAACAAUCAACGGUUCAGGUUGCGUGAUUGAGAUCAUAUAUGUGACACUCUUCUUGAUUUACUCUAACCGUAGCAAAAGGCUCAAGGUUCUCCUGUGGCUACUUGUUGAACUCAUUUUCAUUGCAGCUCUUACCUUUGUUACAUUGACUCUUGUUCACACCGUCAACAAACGCUCUCAAAUUGUUGGUACCACGUGCAUUGUCUUCAACAUUUUGAUGUAUGCUGCACCUUUAUCUGUCAUGAAAUUGGUGAUCAUGACAAAAAGCGUUGAGUACAUGCCACUCUCCAUAUCUCUUGCUUCCUUUGGGAAUGGCUUGGCUUGGACCACUUAUGCUCUCAUCCGUUUUGAUCCAUUCGUCACUAUACCAAAUGGAAUUGGAACAUUAUUUUCUGUGGCGCAGCUGAUUCUAUAUGCCACCUAUUACAAAUCUACGAAGAUGCAGAUAGCAGAUAGAAAAGCCAACAAAACAGAGGUGGACCUGUCACAGGUUGUGAUUGGUAAUAGUGACCAAUUACCCAAGCAAAAUUAUUGAUCAUGAUGGAUUAUCGAUGGCGGAUAGACUUGUCUAACCUCCCAUUUCGUGAUUGCUACUAUUAAAUUAUUAAUCUACCUUUAUCCUCUUUCGUUUUCCAACCUUGUUGUUGGGGUGUUUGGUUUUUAAAGAUGCAAUGCUAUCAUUGCAUCACACACCUCUCUUGCAUAUUCUGGGCUGAAAUGUAAUCAGAUCACAUCCACCCACCAGAAUUUUAACUUAUAAAUAUCUCAAUGAAUUUCACAAUCUUAA